AUGGUAUCAUUGGAUUCAGCACGAACAGGACGCCAAUUACAGCGUUACAAGAAAGGUCGCCGUCUAGUCGUCGGAUGCAUACCUUAUAGAUUUAAGACUACAAGUAAAUCAUAUUUGGAUGGGAAAGAAUUAGAGGUCCUCCUCAUAAGUGCACAAAGAGAAGGCAAAGGCAUGUUAUUUCCAAAGGGUGGAUGGGAAAAUGAUGAAUCAAUGAAAGAAGCUGCCUUAAGAGAAACAAUUGAAGAGGCUGGAGUAGUAGGAAUUGUCCAACAAAAAUUAGGAAAAUGGAAAUUCAAAAGUAAAAACCACGAGGGUUGCUACAUAGCUUAUAUGUUUCCUUUAUUAGUUAAGGAUCAACUCGAGUUAUGGCCGGAGAAAGAUUUUCGCCGAAGAGUAUGGAUGAAUGUGUCGGAGGCGAGAGAAGCUUGUCAUUACUCGUGGAUGCAAGAAGCCCUAGAUUCGCUAGCAUGUCGUCUUUCAACAGAAGAAGAUGAAGAAGAACUUGAGAAAGUUGAAAAUACUAAUUGUUCUCUAAAUUGA